AUGAGUGGUGAGGACCUGGACGUUGAUGGCGUUGCCGAGGCCCUCGAAAAAGCAGGCUUUUCCAAUGCUGUCCAGUAUUUCCGUGAUGCAGAAAUAAAAGGAGUCGUUCUUCCUUUAAUAACGGAUGAGCAUCUUAAAGAAAUGGGAGUUGGUCCUGUUGGAACAAGACUCUUAAUAUUAAGAUGGAUUCGUAAGACAUUUGGCGUAUACAGAAAUUCUCCACCUUCGGUUACUGUAUCACAACGUUCAUUGCCACCAGCAGAUAUGGAUGAUGGCGAUCAAGAUUUAGAAUUUGCAGCACCACCAACUGCAGCUCCAAAAAUGGGUGGUGGCCAGCCAAGACCAAGUUCUGUUAAACCUAAAACAGCAAGUGGAUCUCGAGGACCUCCUCCACAACAACAAGAUGCACCAAAAGAAGUACCUAAGUGGCAAAGAGACCACGAUAAAAUGGUUGAGUCAAUUCGCGCUGCUAGAAGAUACGCAAAAUACCAAGCUGAUCUUGAGGCCGGAAAGGCUGUUGGUCCACCACCAGAGCUUCCACCGAUUGAAGAGCCUCCGGAUCUCGUUCAGUGCCCAACUUGCGGCAGAAAGAUGAGCGAGGAAGCUGCUAGACAUCACUUCCCUGUUUGCGAAAGAAUGGCCAUGAAUAAGACAUACUCUGCUCCAAAGAGGCGCUAA